AAGAAUCUUCCAAUGGCCAUGUCUUCAAAAUCUCUCUUCACUUCCUCUCGCACCUCAAUUUCCUCCUCCUUGAAGACAAUUUCACAGAUUGAGAUGGCCAAAACAAAUGCCAAUUGUGUUCCAUUAAUCCCCGAUAAUCACAAGUGGAGUACUCAUGAUGUUUAUCACAAAUUGGUACUCUCUAGCACCACUCCUCCUCCUUUCAAACAAUUGAACCACUUAACCAAACCCCGUACACCCAAUGAUCACAUCUCGAUGGAACAUGAGCGCAAAUUGAAAGCUUUUAAGCGUAUAUUCAACAUUGUUGGAGAGGAUCCCAUUGAAAGUUUGGUGAUUAUUGAUGCCGUCCAACGACUUGGAAUCGACCAUCAUUUCCAAGAGGAGAUUAACACAAUCCUCCAAGAUCUGUACUAUAAUGAAGCCAAUAUAUCUCAUGGUAGUGGUGGACCUGGUGGUGGUUAUUUCAGUCACCUUCACGAGGUUUCACUUCGCUUUCGACUAUUGAGACAACAAGGUUACUAUGUUUCUCCAGAAGUGUUUGACUGCUUCAAGGACAACACUGGCAAAUUCAAAGAGAAUCUAGGAGAAGACAUAAGUGGGCUCAUGGCUUUAUAUGAAGCUUCACACUUAUGUUUGGAAGGAGAAAGCGUACUCCAAGAAGCCGCAGACUAUAGUGCUCAACUCCUUCAUACAUGUGUUACAAAUCUUGCUCAUAAUCAAGCAACAAUGGUUGAACACACAUUGAGUCAUCCUCAUCACAAAAGCUUCUCCAAGUUCACUGGAAAGAAAUAUCUUAGUCAUGGAUUCCAAGACACUAAUAAUGGUUGGAUUAACAUUCUAAAAGGAUUAGCCAAGAUCGAUUUUGACAUGGCCCAGUCUACAUACCAGAAGGAGAUUGUUCAGAUUUCCAAGUGGUGGAAAAAGCUAGGUCUGGCUAAGGAGAUGAGUUUGGCAAGAGAUCAACCACUUAAAUGGUACAUUUGGUCCAUGGCAUGCAUUACAGAUCCAAGCUUGUCAGAGGAGAGGAUUGAUCUUACUAAAUCCAUUUCUUUUAUCUACUUAAUCGACGAUAUCUUCGAUCUUUAUGGGACACAAGACGAGCUUACAUUAUUUACACAAGUUGUCAACAGAUGGGAUUAUGAUGCUAGUGAACAACUUCCGCACUACAUGAAGAUAUGUUUCCAGGCUCUUGAUGGUAUAAUCAACGAAAUCAGCUUCAAGAUGUACAAAAAGCAUGGAUGGAACCCUGUAGAGUCCCUCAGAAAAUCGUGGGGGAGACUGUGCAGUGCAUUUUUGGUGGAAGGAAAGUGGUUUGCUUCUGGGUAUGUUCCAGCAUCAGAAGAGUAUCUCAAGAAUGGGAUUAUAAGUUCAGGUGUUCAUGUGGUGUGCGUUCAACUUUUCUUUCUCUUGGGUUGUCAAGACAUUAUAACCAAAGAAAGUGUGGAAAGCAUUGACAACGAUCCAGCCAUUGUAUCAUCCACUGCCCAAAUUCUACGGCUUUGGGAUGACUUAGGAAGUGCCAAGGAUGAGGAUCAAGAUGGUCAUGAUGGAUCGUACUUGGAGUAUUACAUGAAGGAACACCAAGGAUGUUCAGUGAAAGAAGCAGAAGAGCAUGUUAUGAGUAAGAUCUCGGAUGCAUGGAAGCAAUUAAACAAGGAAUGUAUGACUCCCACUCCAUUUUCACAAUCUUUCAUCAAGGCUACUCUUAAUCUUGCAAGGAUGGUUCCUUUGAUGUACAGCUAUGAUAACAAUCAACGACUCCCAAGCCUUGAAGAUAAUGUUAAAUCCAUACUAAGCAUUGCAUUGUAAAAAACCUAAAUGAUACUAGUCUCCCUUCAAUGUACCUUGAGAUUUGAAUAUUGUGAAACAAAUAAGAUGCUCACGAUCUCU